ACACAGCAACUGCGCCUAAUGCCUACCACGAACGACGUGAAUUAUCCGGAAUUAUCUCCUACAGUACACAUUUAAAGUCUGUUUUAGUAAGAAAAACUUGAGAUUAAACACAUUGGUGCCCACCAUCCAAGGGAUAUUGUUAUAAACCAAACAGUUUGUAAAAAUUAAUCGUGGAGUGGCUCUCGAUGACAAAGUAGCUCGCUGCUAGCUUGUCAGAGAAGACACUUUUUUGUAUUUGUUUAGCUUCCCGCGUUUGUUAUUCGGAGGUGAUGGUGCCGCUAAGGAUCUCAAACAUCUUUCUGAGAGGAUUACCAAACAUGAAAGCAGCAGAAAAACGUGGUAAAGUUGGACUUCUUCGCCAAACGUUACCCAAACACAAUACAAACGGGGACUUAAGCAGUAACGCACAGACCGUUGAGGAGAACAGCGGUGGCAUUUCACAGCCCUCCAGUCACUAUCAAGAAGGAACCGCAGAGCCCGGGAUCCGACCCCAGCCAGUCCUGUAGCCAUAAGCAGAGCUUCAGCUACCCCAGUGGAGAGCAGUGCCUUUAUGCCAGUGCCUAUGAGCAGAAAAGGGCUGCUGGAGGAGCCAAGAGCUCCUGCCCAGGGACCCCCAUGUCUCCUAUGCAGCAGCAGCAUUACUCCCCGAAACCUGCCACGGCCGGACGGCCCGAUGCUGGCUACAUGAACCCUGCUGCCACCUCCCAGCCACUGCCCAGCAACAGUUACCCCAUCAACGCCAGCUCCAGGUAUCAGGGCCCUUCAGGAGACCCCAUGUGCCCCCAGUUCCCACCACCAGGCCAGGCCUUUCAGCGCAUGCCAUCUGCCCCAGCGGGACAUUGCAGCAGUGGAGCUGGUGGAGGCAGGGGUGGUGGGCCAGGCGGUGGUGGCGGUGGGGGUGGAGGUUAUCAUCGGCAGCACUCCGACCCCUGCAUGCCCUACCUUCAGCAGAGCUUUAAGCAAGAAUACCUAGACCCGUUGUAUGAGCGGGCGGCUCACAUGGCAGGGCCUGGGCACGGGAGCGGACCGGGACACGGGCACGGACCUCACCCUCAUCCCCACCCACAUCCACACUCACACCCGCACCCACACAGGUUCCCACCAGCCCACAUGAUGGUUAAGCAGGAGCCCACAGACUACACCUACGAACCUGAUGUGCCUGGAUGUCCCUCUAUGUAUCACCACAGUGAGGGCUACCCAAACCCCCAGCACAGCAAUGAAGGCUAUUUGUUUGAAAACGACUCCCGUGUGGUUCCAGAGAAGUUCGAAGGUGAGGUGAAGCAGGAGGGGGGUGGUGUUUUUCGCGAGGGCACACCUUACCAGCGCCGUGGCUCCUUGCAGCUCUGGCAGUUCCUGGUGGCCUUGCUGGACGACCCGGGCAAUGCCCACUUCAUCGCAUGGACUGGCCGCGGCAUGGAGUUCAAACUCAUUGAACCCGAAGAGGUUGCCAGGCUCUGGGGCAUGCAGAAGAACCGUCCAGCCAUGAACUAUGACAAGCUCAGUCGCUCUCUGCGCUAUUACUAUGAGAAGGGAAUCAUGCAGAAGGUGGCAGGGGAGCGCUAUGUUUACAAGUUUGUGUGUGAGCCUGAGGCCCUCAUCUCGCUGGCCUUCCCCGACAAUCAGCGGCCCAGCCUGAAGGCUGAGUUUGAGCGCUAUGUUAACGAGGAGGACACAGUGCCCCUGUCCCACCUGGAUGAGGGAGUACCCUACGCCACAGAACAAGCCCCCCAAAACAUGGGCCCCCAGCCCUAUUCCAAAGGCUACAUGUACUAAAGCCAGCCCCCACCCUACCUCCUUUCUCCCACCUUCAGAAAUCUUCCUGUUGUACCGACCAUCAUCAUACACACCCUGAAACCCCAUGCACCUCUUGCACAUGCCCACCCCAUUCACUUGUAUAUAAGGCUAUGGUGUUUUUGUUUUAAAUUAAUCUCUUUAGGGAUUUGUUUUGUUUUUAAGAGCUGCAUUCCUCUCACAUCUGAUGCCUAUUCAAUCCAUAAACAUGAAUGGUUGGAGAGAUUGCUUAAUAAAUACCCAUAAUAAUAUCCUAA